CCCAGGACAUGCACUGAAUUUAUUCAACGACGAGAUUGAAAAAGUACAGUAGAGGGAGGCAUCACUCACUGUCCUACAUACAUGCGGCUAUCCUUGUCGUUCGCGGUUGCCACCGCGGCAUUGAUGGCCACCAUAUCUCUUGUCUCAUGCACUCCGAAUGAUGCGAUUGUCCUCGACGUCCCUGUCCUGCCCGUGGUCAUGGGCACCGUCUUGGAAGCGUACAAGCCGCUCCUCGCCGACUUUGCCAAGAAGACACUGCCCGCGACGGUGGGCAACUGUUCCGACUCGAACCCACCCACACCGUGCUUGGACACGGGAUAUCUCCUCGCUCAAACGUCCGCGUUGUACGACAUCAAGGCGCGGUGGAUCACCGGCAUCAACAGCAUGACGGUGGGCAAUCUCGAGUACGUCGCGGACGCCGCCACUGGAGCCAUGACGUUGAAUGUGGUGUUGGGCUUUGAAUCCCUACCGCUGAGCUUGCGCAUCGAUGCGUGUCUCGCCGGAAAAUGCACAAAGUUCUCGGACGGCACCACGGCAUGUUGCGGCGGCCCCAAGACCGUCGCGAUCGCCGCCAACGUCGCGUGCAGUGAAUCGUACCCGUUUCUUCGCAACUUUACGUUCACCAACAUCGCCAUCCAUCCGUCGGUGGAGCUGCAGUUCCCCGUGAACGGUAAACCCACGACGUUGUUUGACGUGACCAAGACCGUGGAAUCUGGACUGAAUGCGACCGCCGCCGCGUUCAUCCAAGAGGAAGGCAUGGACCUCCUCAACAAUCAAAUUCGACUACUGUUUGGGGCCAACGUGUAUUGUACCCAGCAAGCCAAGGAUGCCGCCACGAAAGCGCCCACCACCGCCGCGCCGUCCUCCCCCGGUGUCAUCCCUGCAUCGACCUCGUCGGGAUCGUCGCCCCCCUCGAUCAGUUCGUCCCCCAAUGCCGACGCCCCCGCGACGUCCGUGCCUUCGCGAUCGACGCCCGUGCCGACAUCCAAUGCGUCACCAGUUCAUUCUAUUGUCUUGACGCUAUUACCCUCCAUGGCGAUGGCUGUCGUGGCAUUAUCCAGUUAACAGUGGUCGAGAGCAUCCACGACCCUUUUUGUGCUUGUAUUUGAGAUUCUAAGAAAAAAUAUAUGAAAUUCAGUAGGCAUCCUCCGUGAAUUCGAUCCUGGCAUUAAAAUACCUUGAUUCCCUUGACUUUUCGAGUAAAGGUCGAAAUACCUUUCAAAUGUCGCAUGAAAAAACUCGCAUAACAUUAUAUAUUGUAACCUUGAGUUGUAACGGUUACAUAAUGAUUUAAAAUGGUCAAAUCAGAUACAAAACUUAAGUGUAAAAGAAUGCUUCAUUAAAAUAAAAACCGUAAGAACAAAUUAAUACUUUUACUAAAAUAGAAAGGGUC